AUGUCAGAGCUACAGAAUUACUAUUCGGGUGGAUCGACUAAUAGGUUGUCCUGGAUGAGGCAGUCGGGAAGAUUUCUUGGCUCAGCGCUUUCCGAUCCUCAAGCCAGAUUCAUUCUCUUUCAUAAUCUGAAGCUGUUGGUGACUGACCAGCCGUCUGAGUCGAUAGAUGGCUUCUCCGUAUCCCACAAGCUAUCGUCGCUCCCAUGGCAAGAGGCGGCUACCAUCUUGAGUCCCACUGAUUCAACGCUCGUCGACCCCGAGGAGGUUGUGGAUCCCACAGGUACCAUGUGGCCUAAGCAAAUUUCUUGUUGCGCUGCGGAGUCCAUCCUAGACCAAUAUCCGAUUGUCAUCUUUCUUGGUACGGACGCUUCGACCGAACAUCCGGAUACAGACAAAUUGCUCCAACCUGAACAUGGCUCCCCGGUUUGGGCUAUUGACGUAACGGAAAUCUAUAAAAGAGCUUCCAAAACACUAAGUCAAUAUGGAAAGUUUUUGGACAUGAAGAAAGUCACUCUUGCCCCCAAACAAGCCAAUCUUGCUGCUCAGGCCAGGGCUUUGAUCGAUUGGAAUAUUCGCAAUAAGUUUUGUGCUGCUUGUGGCAGAGCGACAUACUCCACAUGGGCCGGGUGGAAGUUGGCAUGCACCUCAAAUGUGGAGAAAAAGGACCAAACUCAUGAUGAGGAUGACCCAACAACUACCUCGCCUGGAUGUGUGACAAACAGCUUUAGCAUCCAAAAUUUUUGUUAUCGUAAGUGGAAGGAAGCUCGCACUGAUCCAGUGUGUAUAAUGGGAAUUACAAAUCCCACUGGAGAUUCCAUUUUAUUGGGACGCAAGUCAGUUUGGCCACCUGGAUUUUAUUCUUGCUUGGCGGGUUUUAUUGAGCCUGGAGAAUCAAUCGAGGACUGUUGUCGACGUGAAGUGUUAGAAGAAGCAGGAGUUGAAGUGGAUUCAGUACAUUAUCAUUCGAGUCAACCAUGGCCGUUCCCUGGAAGUUUGAUGAUCGGCGUCAUCGGCCGGGCUGCAGAAAAUCCACGCAUACGUCUUGAUCUUGACAAAGAACUUGAAGACGCGAAAUUUUUCCCGAGAUCAGUUAUACUUGGAGUUUUGGAUUCAUCCCAAAAGAUAGAACUGACUGAAGACGAAUUGCGGCGUUUUGAUGAUAACUACAAUCCAUCUCAAUCGAAUGCUCCCUCAGUUGAUAAUGCCCAAACUCCCAGUUCGAAUAAAAUGCAUUUAACUAUCCCGCCACCAACAGCAAUCGCUCAUCAAAUAAUCAGAAGUUGGGCGAUGGACGAUCUUCCAAACGACAGUAAUGCGAAGGUAUCCCCGAGACGCGCGAAUUUUUAA